AUGAAAAUAACCAAGUAUAAAGGUAUCCUGAAACUGGCCAAUCAGAAGGCAGAAAAACCUGUAGAUGUUGAUGCUUUUUUUUUCCUAGAAAUGUCCAAUACUGAUGAUCAUUCGAGUUUAGAUGGUCACGGCCAGCAUCACGCUUGCCAACAGGAAUUGAAGCAGCUUAAAGAUGAAUUUGAACGAUACAAGCUACGAGCCCAGUCUGUCCUGAAAAGUAAAAAUACUAGGGUAGAAGAUAUGGAAGCUGCAAUGAAGAAAGUAAAGGAGAACCACAAGACAGACAUGCUUCAGACACAGCAUGAUUUUAAGCAAAGAUCAGCAGAGAUGGAGCAGCAGAUUUCACAAGCAACUGAUAAAAGCCAGUCUUCCAGAAGAUCGUCCAGUGUCUUCACUGACAAUGAUGAUGAGCAAGAGGAGGAUGCUCAUGCCAUUCAAGCUCAAGCAACUGUCAAUCAGCUGCAAAACAGACAGUCAGCUGCUCUGAUGAAAGGUGUUGGAACUGCUUCCCUUCUCCAUUAUGCGGAAGAACAGUCGAGAAAAGAAGUUGAACUGACGAUGAUCAAGAGAAAGAAAUUAGAAUUAGAAACGGCAUUAAGACAACUCCAAGAAAAACAUGCUGCAUCACAAGAAACCUACCAAGAGGAGGUUGAGAAACUAAAGGAAGAAGUUGAAAAAUGGAAACAAUAUCGAUCAAGAGAAGGCACGAAUCUAGAGUAUUUGAAGAAUGUUGUGUUGGGAUAUAUACAGACCGAUGAUUUAUCCAGUAAACACAGUUUACUUCAUGUUAUUGCUACAAUUCUACAUUUUAGUCCUAAAGAGGUAAAUAUAUCAAAGUUAUACAAUUGCUUUCAGGAAGUGUUUAAUUUGGCAUUUUAACAUUUAACACCCUCCUUUUUUGGUGUGUGGAGAUCGAUGUUAAAGGAACGGAUUUUAUCUAGGUAAUUAAUCAAUUAUAACCAGCGUAAACACAGUCUAAUCAACCCUGUUAGACCACAGGGGUUCAAAGUUGGAAGAACCCACUCCCAGGAGAACACACCUAAUCUUAUUUAGCUGUGCAUGGUAUUAAUGCCUGUCGGCAAUGACUUCUUGGUGGUAAUUAGUAAAAAGCAUGCAAACAUCGUGACUUUUAUUACUUCAAAAUGGGCAAGUUAAUUUCAAAAAAUGUUUUUAUGAUUUUCUUUAAUUUCAAUUUGUUUUUUCAGGUUGAUAAUGUAACUAAGAAAUUAGCGGCAGGGUGGUGGGGAUGAUACCUGAUGAUCAGAACAAGUUACCCACUAUGUGGGAAGUUGAUGUCUAUACUGUAUAUUUAUUCAUCUAUAUUAUUAUAAAUACUUUUCUAUUUUAAUAACUGUAUUCCACUUUAAUAAUAUUUCAUCUGAUAUGUAAUAUAUUUAUAGAUUUCAACGGAGAGCUUAUUGUUAAAUAAUGAUUUUUUUUAAUGAAACAAAGAAGGUUUAGUGUUGUAUUUAUUAACACAAUUAUGUUCAUAUUUUGAAUUAAUUUAUUUAUUUCAUUUUUUAUUCUAAGGUAGUAAUCAAAAAUUGCUUCAAUAUCAUGAUAUGAAUUUAGGUUUUAACUUAAUCCUCAAAUGAAACAGAUUAAAGAAAUGAGUUUAGAUUAAGUAUUGCUUAUUUUACUAGAUAACAGAAUUUACUGGACCAAAGGUAAAUAAUACUUACCAUAUAUUCAUUUAAGAUAAGAUUACCUAAAAAUCUACCAUAAUUUUAAAAAUUCAUCUAACUAUGAAGAAAAAGAGACACCACAACAAGAUUUGGUACAGAGGUAGCGUAUACAUGUAUUAACAAAUGGUGCAACUUUCAUGAUUGGGUAAAAGUGCCAUCAAGGUCAAAGGUCACCUAGAAUUACAGCAUUUUUCCUAGAUUUUUAGUGUGAACUUUGGACCCCUAUGAAAUUUUAGUUUAAAUAGUAAAUUAUGGGUAAUUUUGAGGUCUAAAAAUGAAAUUUAAUUCAACCGACUGAACAAAUUGUCGUUUUCAGUAGCUCAUAGAGGAAAAAGGAGAUGAGAUUUUUGCUUAUUCCAGAUCUGAGUUCCUUGGGCAAAACUGACUUUGUAGAAAUGUUUAGCUUUGUAUCUUAAUUUAAAAGCACUGUGAUAGACAUUCCAAAAUGCAAAAUAAGCGAAUUGCACACAUUUAACACAAUUUAAGUACCUAACUUUGGCUGGCCGUAACUUGGAAACGAUUUCGAUUUUUUUUUUGCAUGUGUUCAUUAUAGAUGAAUCAACCUUAUAAAGAAUUUUCAGAGAGGUGACCCGUACCAUUUUCAAAAAAAUUGGUUGAUUUGACACAGAAUGACCCUAUAAUAUUUUUUAAUAUGGGACCACAGAAAUGUGGUCUUUAAAUGGAGGUGGACUUUAAUUGGAGGAUCUUUAAUUAGAGGGUGACCUGUAUUUACACAUGUCUAGGCUCCUGUUUCUGCUCACCUGCUAGCUCUUAUUUAUUUCUGUAUUUAACUCACUUAUUAUGUGAGUGUAAAUCCAUUUUUUCCCAAAGUCUUUGUAUCUGUACUCACGAGUGUUCGAUCCUAUUCAGUUGUGUACUCAAUCUUUCUGUACUCAAAUCAUGGAUUUGGCACCAAGUCGCAUGUCCUUAUAAAAUUACAUAAAAAAGACUGGAAGAGGAUAACUCAGUUUGGUUGAGUUUAUUUUAAGUAAUUUGAUCUUUAUACCUCAGAUUAUUAAAUAAAUUGUAUAAAAUCUAGGAUCCUAAUGCAUUUGGGUUGAGUUUAUUUUAAGUACAAUAAUUGAUUUUUAAAGCUAUAGUAUUAACAUUAUUAAAUAAAUUAUAUAAAAUCUGGGAUCCUAAUGCAUAAAUAAGUAAGCAAUGUUUAAGGUACUGAAAGUUUACAUGGUAAAACUGUUGUAUGUGUAUCCACAGAGGUGCUAAUACCCUAUACUGGUACUGCAUAUACAGUAAAUAAAUAAAUGCAUUCUUUCGUAUUUAAAAAUAAAACAAAAUUUGAGGUACUUUUGCAUUCGUAUGUGAUGUAGCAUUCAGGAUUGAGGAACUUUGAACUAUAAUUUCAGUUUUAAAUAAAUGCAUAAAAGCAAUACAGUGUUUUCUUUAAAGAUCCGUUGUAAUUUUCUUUCUUGUGUACGGUUAUGGAUGUUCAACUUUAACCUUGCUUAAUAUGCUGCUAUUUAUUUUCGGAUUAAAUAAAUUUGAAUCAAAUAUGAA